UCAACUUUGAGUUGCUUUUGACCGGUCCGUCGACCUUUUACGUACAAAAGACCAUGGCUGAUUGUGAUAGUAUCCACGAUAAUGUCAAAGAUUACUACGGCAGUGUUAUUCAGAAAAACACAGAUUUGCAAACAAAUGCUUGCAACGUAGCGGGAUCAGUAAAACCACCGUUGAGUGUGAGGAACGCUAUUGCAAGCGUUCACGAUGAGGUUGUUUCAACGUUCUAUGGAUGUGGUCUGACUAUUCCAAGCCAUGUUGAAGGGCUAAGAGUCUUAGAUCUGGGAUCUGGAACUGGCAUGGAUUGUUUUGCCAUCAGCAAGCUGGUCGGAGAAAACGGAUCAGUGGUUGGGGUUGAUAUGACUGAUAAUCAGCUUGCAGUGGCAAUCAAGUAUGUGGGCUACCACACAAAGGAAUUUGGGUACAGCAAGAAGAACGUGGAGUUUGUCAAGGGCUACAUUGAGAAACUCGGAGAAGCCGGACUGCAAGACAAUCAAUUUGAUCUCAUCGUUUCAAACUGUGUUGUGAAUCUGUCUCCAGAUAAGAAGGCCGUCUUGAAGGAGGCAUAUCGAGUUUUGAAACCGGGCGGAGAAAUGUACUUCAGUGAUGUAUACACCAACAAAGUAGUCCCAGAACACCUACAGAAAGAUAAAAUGCUUUGGGGAGAAUGUAUAGCAGGGGCGAUGACUUGGCAGGAUUUGGUGAGCUUUGCUGGGGAGGUUGGUUUUGCGACACCUCGUCUGGUCUCUUCCACCACUAUGGAGGCAGGCUGUGAAGCCGUUGCAACACCAUUAAAAGAAGCUGGUAUCCGCUUUGUAUCUGCCACUUACCGCCUGUUCAAGCUCACUGCCGGAGCACCAGCCAAUAGGUUAGAGGUCAACUACCUUGGCAACGUAACAGAUUAUCCAGAUGAGCUUCCUUUUGAUGCUCUGGCUAAAUUCAAGAAAGGAUGUCCCGUCAAUGUCAGUGGCGAAGUAGUCCAGAUCGUACGCCAAUCACGCUACUCCAGUGCCUUUACCAUUAAAGAUGCAGAGGAGUGUCCGGUGGAUCCAUUUAAAUUUCUUACGACUGCGCAAGCAUCUUCAGGGGGUUGCUGUGGGCCCCCCAAGCAGGCAGUCUCGGGGGGGCUGCUGUCCCCCUCAACAGCGACCAGCCACUGAGGGUUGUUGUGGUCCUCUAAAUCAAGCAUCGACGGGCAGCUGUUGUGACCCUCAAAAGGAAAAGCCUGUGACAAGUUGUUGUGGCCCAAAGUAAGUAAGUAAAAAUAAUUUCAGACAAAGGUAUCUUAACCAAGAUUUACUUUCCAAUAAUAGAAACAAGGAUAAAUGUAAAUUUAAGCUGUAACAAAAUGUAAUUUGGGGAUUAAUGACUUAAUAUCGUCAUCUAGUUUUCAAUAAGCGAAAAAGGGAAAAAAGUUUGGGUCUCGCAAGGGAUUUUGUGCAUAUUCCUAUCCAAUUUGGUCAGUGGUGGUCUGAGUUGUCAUGAGAUGGUACUUCAGAACUUUGACAGUUUUUUCAGGUGGAGAUAUAUCUCUGGAAGAUUGGUACUGGUAUGAACUUUAGAACCAGAAAGCUUUCAGGUGGAUAUAUUUCUCUGGAAGAUUGGUACUGGUAUGAACUUUAGAACCAGAAAGCUUUCAGGUGGAUAUAUUUCUCUGGAAGAUUGGUACUGGUAUGAACUUUAGAACCAGAAAGCUUUCAGGUGGAUAUAUUUCUCUGGAAGAUUGGUACUGGUAUGAACUUUAGAACCAGAAAGCUUUCAGGUGGAUAUAUUUCUCUGGAAGAUUGGUACUGGUAUGAACUUUAGAACCAUCAAGUUUUCAUGUUGAUAUAUUUCUCUGGAAGAUUGGUACUGGUAUAAACUUUAGAACCAUCGAGCUUUCAUGUUGAUAUAUUUCUCUGGGGGAUUGGUACUGGUAUGAACUUUAGAAUCAGUGAGCUUUCAGAUGGAUAUGUUUCUCUGGAAGAUUGGU